UGCCGAGCAAGUCGAGCAACACUGCAAGAAACAGCUACACGUGCGGCUUGUGUGCUUCUUUCGUGGGCUCUCUUCAAAAUACUUGCACAUAAAUACGCAGUUAUUUCGCUAAAUAUUAAUAGAUUUAAUAGUGUGCUGGCAGUUUAAACUGCUAUUAAAGGCUGCAGCAAAGUGACAGCCAUGAAUUUUGACGACGAAGAUCGACUGGAGCUGCAGCAUUUGGCGGGCGGCAGCAUUGUUGAACAUGCGCCCGUUUUCUCCGAACAGGGCAGAUUCAUCUUUGUGCGCUGCAAUCAAAAGGUGCAGGUGUUUGUCACCAGCACCGGCGAAUUGACCCGUGAAUUAGACGAUGCAACAUCGCCUUUGAUCAGUUUGGAACUAGAUGUGAAGCACCCAGAUUUACUGUUAGGCUGCACAAGCAGCGGACAACUGUUGCGCUGGCAUUGGCGCACUGGCGUGGUGCAGAAAGAGGUCAGGUUGAAUCUGGACAGCGACUAUUCCGAAGUGGUAACAUGCAAUCUGUUGAAUCUGUAUAAGGGAGGCGACACCGCAUGCGCCUUUGUUACCGCAAAGCACAACAGUGCCAAUACAAUGAAAUGGUUUGUGUUUAACACCAACACCGGAGCGCAGAUUGAUGUUAAUUGUAGUUUGAGAUUGAAAACUCAAACACCUGUUGUGGAUGUGAGCAAAGGCGCCUUCAAGUAUAUUGCUAUAGCACAAUUCAUGUCUGUGCACUUUGUGCAGUACGAGACAUGGCAAUGCUUUAGCUUCAAGAACCGUAUGCCUCUCACUUGCAUUCGUCUCAGUCCCUUCGAGCAAAUGGCAGCCAUAGGCACCCAAUACGGUCAAGUUCUCAUCUGGCGUCAGUUCGACAAUCCCGAGUCGCUGCAGCGCACAGUGCAUCAUUGGCACAGCUCGGCCGUCUCUUGCAUUGCUUUCACGCCCACGGGCAUGAGUUUCUACAGCGGCGGCUUGGAGCGUGUGCUCGUCAAGUGGUCGCUGACGAGUACGCAGGAACGCAGCUUUCUGCCACGUAUGUCCAGCGUGCUCAAGCACAUUGUGAUCAGUGAUGGCAACGAGAAACUUUUGGUCUGCACUGCUGACAAUGCCCUGCAAUUUGUCGAUCCCAAUGAGAUGAAACUACUGUCAACGUUGCAACACUUCACCUACGCUCUGUCUGACAACGGCGACAAUGGUCUGUUCCCUAUUGGUUUGUGCUUGAAUCCGCGCACAAAUUCGCUGGUGCUCAACGGACGCAUUGGACAAUUGCAAUUCUAUUCGGCGUACACCAAGAGCUUGCUCUAUAAUUUGCGUGUGGUGGAAGGCAAUGUUCAGUCGGCGGAACCACGAACCAUCAUUUACAACACUUGUGUGACGCGUGCCGCUUUCAACAUCAACUGGAUGGCCACAGGUGAAGUUUACAACGAUCAACAAAAUUUCCCUGAACUGCAAUUGAAGUUCUGGCAAUACCAGGAAAAACUGCAAACCUACAAGCUGAACACAAACAUUGAACUGCCGCAUCAGGAUGGCUUCGUGGCCAUUGUCUUCUCCAAUCAGUUUCAAGUGGACAAUCUGCGCUGCGCCAGUGCCGGCAAGGAUAAUGUCAUCAAACUGUGGACAUUAACCGAUUCAGAGAACAUUUACAAGCGCAGCGUGAUGUGGACUUGUGAGGCUCAAGCAAGCUACAAACAGCAGAGACUGGAAUCCAUCUGCUUCUCCCAGGAUGGCUCGCUGUUGGCCGCAGGCUAUGGCCACACACUGGUGCUAUUUGAUGCGCGGACGCUGCGAUUGCUGCAUGCGCUCAGCACCUCCGCUGGCUACGAUGGUGUCGUGUCCAAGGCACAGGUGCGUCUCUCACAUACGGCAAUCAAUGGAACACGCACGGAGUUAGUGCAGCAGCGACAACAGUUGUGGGGAUUGCUGCAGACGCUGCUCAACAGCAACGACAAAAAACUGGUGCAGCAGGCACAACAAUUGAUGGCAAGUCCGUCGUCCAGUAAUCAGAGUCAGAGACAGUCGUCGGCGACCCAGGAACCAAGCAAGCAAGAAAUCUAUAAGCACAUCAUGCAAAUGGCCGAAUUGGGGCUGCAUCAGAAGCUGCAGCUGCUGCGUCACUUUGACAUCGAGUGCUACGUGAGCACAGCCUUUCAGAAAAGCCUCAAGGCGCAUCUGCAAAUGUGUGGGGUAGAACCACAGUCGGCUAAUGAGCGUGUUCGCACGCUUAACGAGCGCUUGCAUAGGUUGCAGCCACGUCAACGCUUCAAGGCGAAAGUGCGUCUGCUGCAACUGAAGAAACGGCGACAAAACUAUGAACUCGACAGGCACGAAAUAUUGCCGCUGUUUAGCAUGCUGCAACUGGACGAGACGACAAAGCCAGCAGAAAAGGUGAAACGUAUAAAUAACUCAGGCAAGCUAGACAAGAAGUCGUACAAGUCAAUGAAGCUGCUGAAGAGCACCAAGUCAGCGAAAGCAGAUAAGUCAGCAGACCUGCCAUACCUCAAUCCAUUCAAAAAGGGUUCAAUGAAAGCCAAGGAAUCCGGCGAGAAGCUUGCUCCCUUGCAAGGCUCAGCGCAGAUAUCGCAUGUGCAAUUUGGAUCUGGAGCGCAGGCGCAUCUGGUUGCUGUCUGCACAGAGACGCGUGUGCUCAUCUGGAAUCUGAUGACGUUGCGUCUGCAGGCGGGUCUCAAACUCUCGGUGCGCCAACUGGCCUUUGAUCCGCUCACCAAUCUGAUAGCCGCCGUCACGCGUAACAAUGAACUGCACGUCUUCCAGCCAAAUGUGCCGUUGCCCAUCUAUCAGCGCAGCAAUCUGCCCCAGCUGCACGGUCUGGUUUGGCUGCCACGUCGCCAGCCCAAACAGAGCUCCAUCAAUGUGGAUUGGCAGGCGCAGUCGACGCUUCACAUGCUCACCAACGAAAAGGAGAUUGUCUAUCUGGCAUUGCCAGGUCAGACUAUAACGGAUGAUGCACCAGCGCCCAUUUCGUUUGCCCAGCCAGCCGACGAGCAGUUGCUGCAGUAUGCCACCUUUGGCGCCUUUGUCGCCAGGCAGAAGAAUGCCGAAAACACUGAGAUUGCGCAGCGAAAAGGUCCACUUAUUGUGGGUCGUGGUGUCCACAGUUCAGUCAAUGCGCUUGUCAAUUUGUCCGCCCACACGAUGCCCGCCAUGAGUCUGAUCUGCGGGGAAUUUAUCAAAUCGCUUUUAACGCCUGGUGAACGCGAUGAGCCAAAUGAGAUAAAUGAACUGCCGCUUAGCAACGGCAAACUGAAUGGCAAUGGAUACACUGAAAGCCAAGACGAAGACGAGGAUGAGGAGGAGGAGGCGGAUCUGAAGCAGGAAGACUACAAAGAGACGAAGACAGAGCUUAGAAAAGUGUUGCUGGAUCAGAAUUCGGCACUGGAGAAGAUCAAUAACAAGGAGGUGGAACAACAGACGCUGGAUGCGAGAUUGCAACGUGUGGCAAAGCACGACGUAAUCCUAGAGUUUUAACUGUAGAUCACACACACACACAUACAAUAGUUCCAGACAGCGUUAAUUAUAUAAUUAAUUAAUUUAGUUGUUUUAACAAA